UGCAUUGUGGGAAGGAACGAAUUGUCGCGUAGGAAGUCCGGACGGAAAAGAGGAAGGAGGAGGGGGGGGAUCCUCCAUUUUGGUCUGCGUUGGGGGAGCUGCUGGGAUUUUUUUUCCCCUUUUGCUCGAGACUCGUGUCCCUUCUCUCGGACACCGGCUUCUCCCUCCCCGAUAGCCGAGCGGCAUUGUGGUUUUCCCGCGCGAAGGCUCCGUCCGUGCCUGGGAACCGGUGGGGGUUGCGGGGCAACGAUGGCGGCCGAGAGCCGGGAGGAAAAAGAUGGUGAAUUGAAUGUUCUUGAUGAUAUCUUGACUGAUGCACCAGAUCACGAUGAUGAACUGUACAAUCCUGAUAGUGAGCAAGAUAAAAGUGAGAAAAAGGGAUCCAAACGGAAAAGUGAUAGAAUGGAGACUGCCGAGAGUAAAAAGCAGAAGCCUUCUGUGCAUUCUUCAAGGCAGAUGUUACCUAAGCUUCCAGGAUCAUCUGUUAGCAACAACAAAAGAAUAGUGAGCACAAAGGGAAAACCUGUAUUGGAAUACAAGAAUGAGGAAUAUCAGAGGUCUGACAGAAACAAGCGACCAGAAAGUGACAGAAAGAUGCGUAUGACAAGCAGCAGCUCAAGAGAUCUCUAUAAAGGGCAAUCAGAAAAGGCAUGCGUGAGGAAAAGAGAUUCUGACAGAAGGGCAAAAUCUUCUACUCCAGAUGCCUCUAGGAGACUGGGGCAUGAUGUGGACAGACGGCCAAGUAGGUCCAGCCACUCUUCAAAAGAGGAGGUGAAUUCUGAAGAGUAUGUUUCAGAUCGUGAAACAGGUAGCAGUGGUUCCUCUGACCCAGGAAACACUGAGAAUGAGGAUGAAGAGGAGGAGGAGGGAAUGGAAGAAGAAGAGGAAGAGGAAGAUGAUGAUGGAGAGGAGGAGGAGGAAGUGGAAGAAGAUGGGGAUGAUGAUGAAGAGGAUUAUGAUCAAGAUGAGAGAGAUCAGAAGGAAGGAAAUGAUUAUGACACUAGAAGUGAAGCUAGUGAUUCUGACUCUGAAUCUGCAUCCUUUACUGAUGGGUCAGUCAGAUCUGGUUCAGGCUCAGAUAUAUCAGAUGAAAAAAAGAAGGCAAGGAAAAGAGCUAGAGGCAUCUCUCCAAUUGUUUUUGAUAGAAGUGGAAGCUCUGCAUCAGAGUCAUACACAGGUUCAGAAAAGAAGCAUGAGAAAUUAUCAUCUUCCGUUCGUGCUGUCCAAAAAGACCAAACUAGCAAACUUAAAUACAUCCUGCAAGAUGCAAGAUUUUUUCUUAUCAAAAGUAACAACCAUGAGAAUGUCUCACUUGCCAAAGCAAAGGGAGUUUGGUCAACUCUCCCAGUCAAUGAAAAAAAGCUCAAUACUGCCUUCAGAUCGGCAAGAAGUGUUAUCUUGAUAUUUUCUGUGAGAGAGAGUGGAAAAUUCCAAGGAUUUGCAAGGCUUGCUUCUGAAUCCCAUCAUGGAGGAUCUCCCAUACAUUGGGUGUUGCCUGCAGGAAUGAAUGCAAAAAUGUUGGGAGGCGUGUUUAAAAUAGAUUGGAUAUGCAGACGUGAAUUGCCAUUCACAAAGUCUGCUCACCUGACCAAUCCUUGGAACGAACACAAACCAGUAAAGAUUGGACGAGAUGGACAGGAAAUAGAGCUUGAAUGUGGAACCCAGCUUUGUCUCCUAUUCCCUCCUGAUGAAAGUAUUGACUUGUAUCAAGUGAUUCAUAAAAUGCGACACAAGAGAAGAAUACACUCUCAACCCCGAUCAAGAGGACGGCCAUCCCGUCGAGAGCCGCUCCGAGAUGUGGGAAGGCGUCGACCAGAGGAUUAUGAUAUUCAUAACAGCAGAAAGAAACCAAGGAUUGAUUAUCCCCCUGAAUUUCACCAAAGACCAGGGUAUUUAAAGGAUCCCAGGUACCAAGAUGUAGACAGACGAUUUUCUGGAGUCCGGAGAGAUGUCUUCUUAAAUGGGUCCUACAACGAUUAUGUGAGAGAAUUUCACAACAUGGGGCCACCACCACCCUGGCAAGGAAUGCCUCCUUACCCAGGUAUGGAACAGCCUCCCCACCACCCUUAUUACCAGCACCAUGCUCCUCCUCCACAAGCUCACCCGCCUUACUCAGGGCACCAUCCAAUACCACAUGAUGCACGAUAUAGAGAUAAACGAGUGCAUGACUAUGAUAUGAGGGUGGAUGACUUUCUACGUCGGACACAAGCAGUUGUCAGUGGCCGAAGAAGCAGGCCUCGAGAACGGGAGAGAGAUCGUGAACGGGAUCGGCCCCGAGAUACAAGAAGAGAUCGAGAUCGUGACCGGGGCAGGGAGAGGGAGAGAGAAAGGCUAUGUGAUCGGGACAGAGACAGAGGAGAAAGAGGAAGAUACAGAAGAUAAUGCAUUUUGAAAUUGCAAUCACUUAAAGAGGCAAAGGCUUGUAUAUUUGUGUGUUUACAAGUAGUAAACUUUUAUUUUCCUCUGUCAACCUACUUUAUUGUGUAGAAAAAUUUCUAAUUGGCCUUUUAUUCCAAGCAUGCAGUAAGCUGUGAACUGGAAAAUCCCCAUCAGCCAAAAAAUAUUUUGCAAAGCUUGACCCAUGAGUUGAUUAUUUUUAUUUGAGCAGUCUUGGAAAACAGUUUAAGGAAUGUAGAUAAAUUAUCUCUGUGUGUUUGUCUUAACAGUAAUUUAAUCACAUUUUUUUAAAAAAAUACAAAUUGAUAACUGCCAUAAUAUUUUGGUCUGUUUUCUUCCAUGUAGUCUUUACACAAUUUGUAUGGGAGGAAAAUGCUGCUAUCAAGUAUGCAAAUACUGAGUGUGAUGGUAUGGCUGCAUGGCCAUGUUGGAGCAGCCACCUCUUUGUUUUUCUGGUUGUUGGUUUUUUUUAACUUCUGUAAAAGUCAAGCUUGUUCAAUAAUGAAAGCAAUAUUAAGACAAUGAUAUUGAUACCUGAUUUUUAACCUUUGAAAAACUGUGUUCCUACGUUCUGGUGGCAUUUUGGUUCAUGCAAUUAUUUGCCUCUCCCCUUCCUUUAUUUCCUUGAAAUGUCUAUGUUGUUUAAAAUGUCCACCCAUUUGUAAGAACACAUAAUAUUGCUGUAUUCUACAUUGCUACCAUUUCUUUCUUUUUUUAUAUAAUAAAUCGGUAAUGGUCAGUUUCAUGGA